AUAUCGAGAAACAGCUGUGAAGAAAUCACGUACGGCGUGUUUGCUUUAUUAAAUCCAUUUGCCAUAGCAACUUUUAAGCUAUUUUCUAAAUUAUGUGAAGUGUUAAAUUCCGGCGAAAAUUCAGUCAUUAGAUUGGUUGACUUUUAAAUCAAACUUAAUGUAUAUACCUGGCAUUGCGUAAAUUGCCUGUACUCUAAUUCGAAUUCUAAUUAGGUAACGCCAUCAAUAGAGUUCCCAAGCAACAGCAUCAGCAUCACAAACCCGUUAUGGACCCGUCAGAGGUGCUGGCCAAAAAGGUUGGCGUGCCCGUGGAGGCUUUUCGACUGCUGGUGACGCUGCUGGCCGGCUAUCCAAUUGCGGCGAUUUAUCAUAAACUGAUUGUUAAUACACAGUUGAAGCUGUUACAUCAUCUGUUUUUUGCAUUCUGCGGCAUGACCUUAUGUUAUUUUAACUAUGGCAAGGACACAUAUCACUCACUUUCGGCCAUAAGCGUCACCUAUGUGCUGGUUACCCUGCUGCGCAGCGCACCUCUUCUGAUGCUGAUAAUCAAUUUUAUGUUUCAUAUGAUCUACUUGCUGGUGGGCUACUACUUUACGGCCAGCAAUGAAUAUGAUAUAUUGUGGACGAUGCCGCAUUGCAUAUUGACCCUGCGCAUGAUUGGAUUUGGAUUCGAUGUGGCCGAUGGCUUGAAGCCGGAAGAGGCGCUUUCGAAAGCACAAAAGGAAACGGCGUUGCAAAAGCCACCUUCAUACCUGCAGCUUUUAGCAUUUGCAUAUUUUCCCAGUAGUUUUCUGGUUGGACCUCAGUUUCCCUACAGACGAUAUCAGAGCUUCACCAAUGGCGAGUAUCGGAAAUACGAUGGUUGUGUACAGGCGGGUCUUAAACGCCUAAGUAUCGGUGUGCUCUAUCUGUUUGUAUGCCAAGUGGGCUUAUAUUUUCUGCCGGAUAGCUAUUUCUUGUCGCCGGAAUUUGCGAAGCAGUCCUUCAUCAAGCGCAUUUACUUUUUGGGAUUCUGGGGCAAAUUCACACUGUAUAAGUACAUAUCGUGUUGGCUGUUUGCGGAGGGCGGUCUAAUGUGCAUUGGAUUUACCUACAAGGAAAAAGAUGCGUUUGGAAAUCCGGACUGGUCCGGCUGCAGCAAUGUGAAGUUGUCGCUACUUGAGACCGGAAACACCAUGCAGCACUAUGUGCAGAGCUUCAAUGUAAACACUAAUCAAUGGGUCGGCCACUAUAUAUUCAAGCGCCUGAAGUUCCUUAACAAUCGCAAUAUCAGCUACGCGGCGGCAUUGACUUUUCUGGCUGUAUGGCACGGUUAUCACAGUGGCUAUUACAUGGCAUUCCUAAUGGAGUACAUGAUUGUCAGCACUGAAAAGCAGAUUGAAUUCGUUUAUACCAAACACGUGCUGCCCCAAUAUGGUGAAAUGUUAAACAAUUCCCAGAUCUAUACUGUACUCAAUUUCUUGUGCUUAAAAUCGUACAAUAUCAUCUACAUGGGCUGGUGUCUCACCUCGUUUGUCUUUCUCAAAUACGAACGCUGGAUUACCGUGUUUAGUGCAGUCAACUAUUUUGGGUUCAUAUAUAUGCUCAUCUGGGCGUUCAUGUAUAAUGGCUAUCGUUACUAUACCCGCAUCCAGCCCAAGGAUCGGCAAGCAGGGCCAACAACUAUAAAACAAUCCACAGAUUAGUGAAUCAGCGUAUUAACAAUUUAAAAACCAUUCAAAAUUUUUAAAACAAUUUAAUUUGUUUCCUUUAACUUGACACAAAGCCGUAACUAAAAUACGCUACCGAUAAAUAAUAAUAUAUAACUUUGUAUCGAAUGUAAAAAAUGUAAGGCAAACUAUAAAUUUAACUCGAGAUGCGUUGAUUGUUAGCUUGUCAUAUCUUUUGAAUCCUUUGCCGUUGCAUUCAUCAUUAAAGCAAUGUCUAGUCAA